AGAUCAACAAGAGUUUCAGUUUUAAAUUGUAUCGUUACUUGUUGUUUCUGUUUUUCCAACUUCAAAAGCAAAUCAUGGAUAAUUCUCAGAAAAUUAGCUACCAAGCUGGCGAGACCAAGGGCCAAGCCCAGGAAAAAGGUAAUCAGUUGAUGGAACAAGCUGGGAAUGCUGCACAGUCUGCCAAGGAAACAAUGCAAGAGAUGGGGCAGCAAGUGAAGGCCACUGCACAAGGAGCAGCUGACGCCGUUAAAAAUGCCACUGGGAUAAACAAAUGAACCAUGACAUUGAAUUUCACAAUGUUAUAGUUUAUGAAGAUCUUAUUUCUUCUUAUUUUAGGCUACCAAUUUUUGCUUCUUAGGUUUGAAUUAUUUAUUGAGAGGUUAUAUGUUUAUGAAUUAUAGGAAGUGAGCGAGUAUACUCAGUUCAAAGCUAAGGACGUGAGACUGCGCCUCAAUAAUAUAUUAUUGUAAUAAUGUUUGUUUCUUAUAAGUAGUUUCCCUACAUGCAUUUGAACACUUGCAGUAUAUAAAUGUUAUCCAAAUUCACUUGGAUGUA